AUGGAUGGGUAUCCGGUCACGCAAUGGCCCAUCACCGACGGAUACUUUAAAGCACUGGUUCGACUGGACCCGGGCCCGAACAAACUCCGGUUUGAGUACACGGCUCCUAAGAUCCCCGCAUUCAGUACCAGCAUGACGGUGCACAUGCUACCGCUUGCUGCGAGCCCUCCGUUACAGCUGGCUAUCUUGCUGGGAAAGGACUCGACCGGAAAAUACGAGUGUCAUGGUGAACGGAAGGAGCAUGAUGGGAAUAGCACCGAGACGGCUCUGAAGAAGUUGAGGAUGGCGGCAUACCUCUCUCAAGCUUUUACGGGAGAGCAAAUGUACAGGGCUAGGUUGGGAAGGAGGUGUUUCCGGUUGGAGGAGGAAUGGGGUCCUGAUACUCUCUCGAAUCGCACGGCCGGUACCAUGCGGAACAUUGCUAAGGUGCAUGUGAUCCGUUCGGAGAGUACUGUGGAAGAAAUCCGAAGCUUGGAGAAGUCCCAGGACGGGAAAGGUCUACGUAAGGUCGUUCAGAAGGCGGUGUCUUCCUACUUUGGUGCCACCACUGCAAUGCGGUACGUUGCGGUGGUGGUGCUCGAUGCUAGAGGUGAUUUGCAGUUCAAGGGAAUUUCCGGCCACUCAGCUCUGUGUGACGGAUUGGGCAUCACCGGAAGCCUCAGCUUGUUUACUUUGCCAUCUUGCAUCGAGGAAGUUUGCCCGUCAUUCAUAGACUGCACGCGAAUCAGCAACAGUUCCGACCCCUCAGCAUCGGAGUUCUUUUGGGAAGCCGCAACUGCAGCCUUAGGCAACAUGAUGGAGGCGUUUCUCAGCCCACAGACACCAAUCGAACCUCGCAACUUCGUCAAAGUGAACCGGACUUUUGUCACCAAGGAACCGUACUCCCUCCGGGCAAAGUCUGCUGGCCUCAGACUCAGUUUGCCGCAGGAGGAGUGUACUUGGCCCAGAGUUGAUUGUCUCCGGUUUCGAUACCACCCUUGCUUCCGACUUCCGCCCGACCCCAUGCCGCCGGCGUUACCAGAUGCUCCACAGGUGUACGCCGUCGAUACGGGUAUAGUGGUAUGCGCCAACAGUGGCAUCUCGCUGGUUUUGAUAUACGCCGAUGGUGUAUACUGCGACUUCCUGGAGUACACAUCCAAACCGGAGCGUGAGCUGCUCUUACAGGAGGACUUUAUCCGCAGCAAGUUGCCAUCCGACAAGUCCACGCCAGUGAUCAAGCUCAACAUCUUCUCUGCAGGCCAGGGAGAGACCACGGUCGAGGACCUCCACGCCACACGCGGUCUCAAGAUUCAGCUGCCUAAAGGCCAUGGAACGGUGUAUAAAUCCGCACCUUCCUGCCAUACCGCCGACGGAAAUUCUGAGGCUCAGGAAGUCCUGCUGCUUGCCGACAAAACGCUGCUCGGAAUCCGGAUCUUCCAUAACAGUAACGCUUUGGAAGGUCUUGAGUUUCAGUACGAUGAUCAAGUCACGCAGUUAUUCGGCCAUAAAGGAUCCGACACGGCCACGGUCUCGGAAUAUCCGCUGGAGGCAAGGAAGGGCGAGACGCUGAUGGGGUUCUGUGUGAGGACCGGGAAGGUUGUCGACGGUAUUGAGAUUCUUACCAGCUUUGGGAGGCGUUCGUCGAUUUUUGGGAACCCUCAGGGCGGAGCGAUGAGUAACACGUUGGUUCCGCCCCGUGGCCGCUCCAUCGCCGGUGUGGCGGGCACUUACUCGAACUGCGUCGACGGCUUCUCCAUCCUCUACAAGUGA